GAAUAUGCGUGCCGGGAUGAGCAGACAUGAGUUUAGUGCCAAGUGCAUGGAUAUUGUAGCAUGGGUGAUGGAGUCUACAUCCACUGUGGUUGUUCCCGCCCUUGACCUCACCAUGCAGAUAGAGCUCUCUGAUUCGCCAAGCUCUUCUGGAUCAGGAAGUAAUGAGGCAGGAGAGGUGACCUCUCUUGGCCGCAGCGUCAGAUUCAGCUGUAGUGGAGGACCCAGCAGGUGCACCAGCGCCAGAACCGCCUGCAGCACACGCACUCCCACGCCUUUCCCCUCCUCUCACAGGUGUUUGACCUCUUUGCUGAGUGAGGACAAAGAGCGAUAUGUCUCCUCACCUGAGGGUGGCGAUAGAGAGAUGAGACACAGACCACACUCAGCACCACUGAGAUCUGUGUUUGGCAUCUCUGAGGACUCUGUCUUCGACAUGGUCCAGAGCGGCCAGUCGCAGGGUGACAUCGUACCUCUGCCCAAACUGAGUAGACAGGAGAAAUACAGACCUAGCAAAAUGUCAACGGACGGCAUGUUUAUGAUGGGUAUUGUCGAGUUGGUUAUAAACCUUCUCAACUCCAGAUUGGCUGAGCUAAUGCGAAGUGUCAGUCAGGGAACUCUAGUUCUGCUGACUGGAAGUAUCUCAGCAAGUCAACAGUUUGCCCAAGAGAUGCUAAGCAUGGCGACUUCUAAGAUGUAUUCCCAUGCCAUAGAGCAUAUUGCGCUCGGCCACAAGUCUCCCCUUGAGUUAGAGAGGGAGCUUGAGGCCAUCUUGGGUCCUCUGGCUGGACAGGUCAUAGUCACCAUCAUAGAUAGCAUCAUCAAGGCUAAAGCCAACGGAGGAAAUGAGGGAGAGCGACCAGCCCCUUGA